CCCCUUGUGAUCCAGCGCGACCUCACAACUUUAACUACGACGCGUCUCGCUCUUCCUUCAACUCCAUCAUCCCACAGUCAGCUCUACUAUCAUCACAACCUCUCUUACUACGCCUCUCCAACCAACAACUCCAACUUCUCAAACUCCCCCCCACACUCUAUCAACAUGACUGGUCGCGGCAAAGGUGGCAAGGGUCUCGGAAAGGGUGGUGCCAAGCGCCACAGGAAGAUUCUUCGUGACAACAUCCAGGGUAUCACCAAGCCCGCUAUCCGCCGUCUCGCGCGUCGUGGUGGUGUCAAGCGUAUCUCCGCCAUGAUCUACGAGGAGACUCGUGGUGUCCUCAAGACCUUCCUUGAGAGCGUCAUCCGUGAUGCUGUCACCUACACUGAGCACGCAAAGAGGAAGACUGUCACUUCUCUCGAUGUUGUCUACGCCCUCAAGCGACAAGGCCGUACCCUCUACGGUUUCGGUGGUUAAGCGUCUCGCUUUCUCCUUCUGCAUUUUCACGACGAUUUCCGACAGCGCGUCACAAAUGGUCGCUUCUGUGGUUUGGUUGGUUGGGGUUCAUGGUCACUGCGCCUUGUAUUUUGUCAAAGGCUACGGAGUUAACGGCUUCU